GGACUCGGUGCGAGCAUUUUGGAAUCGUCGCUUCGAUUCGGAUACCGUUCCAAAAUUUCGUAUUUUCGGUAUGUGUGUUUAUUUGUUUGUUGCAAACAAGUGUAUUUGUGUCAGUCCCUCGAAACGUGUGUCAUUGUAUUGUUUAUUUGAGUUUUAUUUUUGCAUUCGAUUGUGUGUGUGUGUAUGCUGUUGCCAAUGCUGUCGCCUUGAAAGAUGGCUCGUGAUUCUCAUACCUCUUCGAUACGCGAUAUCGAAUGGAGAAAGAGUGAGAAACCGAGUGAGAGAGAGAGAGAAAGGAAAAAAUAAACGACUAACUCACACUUAAGCAUCAAACCGAAUCAAACAAAACCGAAAAGAAAAACAAAUGUAACGCAUUCGUAAGCGCUGAGCCAAGCCGAACGCUUCGAGUUGUGUUCAAUUUGCAUUUUAAUUGCUUUCAGACGGCAAAAUAUCGCAUCGUGGAAAAUGGAAAUGUUGUGUGUGCGCGCGCCCGCGACAGAAAAACUACCAAAGAGAUUAUUGUUUGAAUGAGCGAGAGAGAGAGGGAGAGAGAGAGAGAGAAAUUGAAGGGAAUAAAGAGGUAAAUGCAAAUAGGUGGAAUUCGCUGUGUUCAUAUUCAUUCGCCGAAUCGUGAAGUCAAGUGUAUUUUUAGUGCAAACAACAAUGUUCCGAUGCGGUUUUUCGAAUGCGCGCGUGAGCGUUUGCAAUUUUCAUUUUUGAUUUCUUAAUGACUCGAUUGUUCCAUCUCAAUGACAAUCGUUAAGAAGUUGCAUGAACGCAAUUAUUUUGCGCGGUGUUUGUGUUCAUUUUUUUCCCCAUUCGCAUUGCAUUCGAACGUUGGCAUUACCGGCGUAAUGGCAGUUUCCGCUUGUCAUUCGUUCACCGAUGAACAUGUAUUUCAGUUUGAGUGUGACGCGCACGGUCUAUCGGUGUAUGUUGUAACAGAUACACACACGCAUGCAAACCGAUUGAAGCGGUUGCCAAGCAACGGAGAUUCGAUUGACAUAAAAUUGACAACACGAAAUCAGUCGGCGCAUUCAAAUCAUAAACAACAAACGGAACACACAGCAUGGAAAAGAAGCAUAGUGUCAAGUGUGAGAUUUUUUCGUGGCGAACCGAGGAUUUUGCUGAAUAUUGCAAACUUCCUGAAGUUUUGCACGAUGGAAUCACAGAUAAAAUAGCAUCCAUUUCGAGCGAUGGUGUCAUUGAUGUGUACGAAAUUCAAACUCAAUGCGAAAAUUGCUACCAAUCCUUUCAUCCAACCGCAUUUGACAAGCACAUCUGCGGGUACAGUGAUCGCAAGACAUUUGUGUUUGACGAGCAAAUGAUGAAUUUUCUGUGGGAAGAGAGUUCGUUGCGCAAAAUGUACACGGAAAAUAAUAAAGUGAUUCAGCAGAUUUUGGAUCAAAACGGUGAUGUGAACAAUCGAUCGAAGGAUGCCAAGAGAUCGGUGGUGCAGGCGCAUCAUGUAUGUACGGUUUGUCAUCGCAUGUACGUUCAUGCAUCGGGAUUGUCACGGCAUAUGGAAACUCAGCACAAUUCAACCGAUACUCGCUUCAAUGCCGUGGAUCAGUCACAGAGCUAUGAUGAAACAUCGACUGAAGUUAUCAAGUGUUUGGUUUGUGGACAAGUAUUCUACAAUCUAACGGCAUGUUUCAUGCAUUUGAAGUCAACCCACACGGAAUUCGGUUUUGAUGAAAGUGAACGAAGCUUAGAAGCGGGCGACUCACUAUUGUUCGAGAAGAUCAAAUUGGAGCAUGCAUUCCAGUGUGAAUUCUGUGACCUUUUGUUUGCGGAUACAUCGGGUUUGUUCCAGCAUAAGAUGACGCAUGACAUUAGCACCGGUUACGAAUGCAGCUCCUGUGAAUUGGCCAGUCGCAACCUGAAAUUCAUCUUGAAUCAUCGCGUGAGCGAGUGUCCAUACGAAAUGUACGAAAAAAAUCCGAAAAUCAAUUGUCAACUGCGAUUUGUGUGCAGUGAUUGUGAAGCAACAUACCCAUCAUUGGCACAGCUGUACGAGCAUCGGCACUUGAAGAGUCAUUUCCAAACGCUGUACAGCCGUACGUCGGAACAAAAUGAGUAUUUCUGUGAAAAAUGUGGCCAAAUCUUUGAAAAAGACGUGAAUGCCCUGAUGGUACAUAUCGAUGCGAUUCAUUCGAAGAAGGGGAAAACACAAAGUCUGCCAAUGACAACCACCGUUCGACCGUAUUUGUGCGAGGUGUGUGGAAAAGGAUACACGCAAUCGAGUCAUCUCUAUCAGCAUCUUCGUUUUCAUAAAGGCAUCAAACCGUUUGAAUGCACGAAAGAUGGCUGCAAUCGCAGGUUUACCAUUCGCCCGGAUUUGAAUGACCACAUUCGCAAAUGUCACACGGGAGAACGGCCAUAUAAGUGCUCUGAUUGUCACAAAACCUUUUUGACUGGCUCGGUUUACUAUCAGCAUCGUUUAAUUCAUCGCAACGAACGCCGUUAUGGAUGUCGCACCUGCGAAAAACGCUUCCACCGAUCUGAUGCAUUGAAAAAUCACGAACGCAUUCACAGUGGAGAGAAACCGUACGCAUGUGGCGUCUGUGCAAAGACAUUUCGACAGAAGGGUGAUCGAGACAAACAUUUCCGUUCGCGUCAUCAGAAUGGCUUACUUGGCCUGAAUGGCACACGUGAGGACAGUCCAAGUGAUUUUUUGAUGGGUCUAGCACAGAUGCGUCCGUACUUCAAGAAGAUCAAUGGAAUCGAUAUUUUGAGCAUAGCCAAAGAAUAAUUCGUUACUCAUAUUUAUUCAUCCGUUUUUCAAGAUGUUUCCCAUUCUUAGAGUCUAAGUUGUUCCAAUUUCCUUUGAUUUACCGUUUAUUAGCAAUAAAAAUGUUUUCAAGGAAGAACAAAAGUUCAUAAAAUGAAUACACAUAACAAUAAAAAUUACGGCGGAUUGAAGCCUA